UGUUCCAAAACAAUCCUAGUCUUGCCAUCCAUCUAGUAUUAGCAGUCACAUACGUAGCCAGACAAACGAGAAUAUCGCAGACCAUCUUGAUCUCCGAGUCCUAUCAACCCCUCUUAGCGCUUCCCGCUUCCCUGUGCCCGCAUCCACAUCCACGUCAUGUCUUCGGGUGUGAAGAAGCUGUACGAGCCCAAGGAAGACAAACCUUUGGACGAAGAGACCUUCGAUUGGGUUCAGCUCCGCAGGGAACUCAACAGCGACAAAGAUGGUGUGCAGUUCAUGGAGACACCCAAGGAGAAGCUCAUCCGGAAGAUGAAAGAGAACCCGUUCGUGCCCAUUGGGGUGGGCAUGACCACAUUCUUCUUGACGGCGGGCUUGGUUUCGUUCUUAAGGCGAAACUCCAGUCAAUCUCAGAUGAUGAUGCGAGGCCGAGUGGCGGCUCAAGCCUUCACUAUUUGUGCCCUGGUGGGCGGAGCCAUGACCAGCUUCAAGAACAAAGUCUCGCGUUAAUUGGGGUCUCCUCCUAGCUCCGGCUCCGUCGUCUGUUCGUAAUCCAACUGUAGAUAGACUCACGAUAAUUCAAUCUGAACCCAGAGAUGUGCUAAUCUCAUGCUAAAGAAAGUAAAGGAACAACCACUAGA